GAACAUCGCGAUUUCAAAAGGAACGCAGUCUGCUUCACCGUACCGGGACUACAGGUCCUGAAUCAGUGGCCGACCCCGAAGCAAGGGUUUAAUUAUCGAACAGUGAAUCUUAAUUACACCUCGUUUAUUUUGUCUGUUAAGUUGUUUAAUAGUGGGUUCUUGACAGCCGUUCUACAGCAUGUAAUUUCUUGUCCAUUUGAAUAACUAUCGAGUGUUCGAUUCUUUGCAUAAACUGUGGUGAAUGCGAUUGCUCGUCGCGGGGACUUAGAAGGUUUCAAACGAAAGCUUCCUCUCGUCCGUCCAUGGAGGUGCAGGUUUCAAAACAGCAGGCGGCGACUUAACAAGAAGAAAGAACUAUAUAACAAUGAUCAAUCUUUAAUUACAAUUGCAGCGUCAAGUAGUUCUGCUUUGUGUGCUGUUAAGCUGCAACUUAAAUAGAACUAUCUUAGCAACAGUGAAUGGAUUUGUAUACCGGUGUUGAAAUUCUUGAAUGAAUGCGAAGUGCUGGCCUUUUUAUUUAAUUUACAUGGCAUUAGAAACAUUUUAUAUAACACGAUACAAGAAGAAGACAGAGCAAAAAAAAAAAGGUCCGAUAUAAUUUGAGAAAAAGUGAACAUCUUCAUUAUCGGAAGUAAGUGCGCCGUUAAGCGUAGCUACGUGACCAGACAGCUGUACAGUAAGCUAUUCUGCAAUGUUCAAGGUAGUGAGACGGCUCGGACAACACGUGGACAGAGAGUCCAGUAUGGGUGCAACAGUGACACAAAUGCAUCUAUAAGGAGCAGGGACUCCGGCUCACCGCCGGCUAUGAGCAACACGCACUGCAGACUGGCGCCUUCAGCAGUUGCCCCUAGACACCAGAACACGGACUGGGACAUCAACGACACCAGCAUUCCAAGGGUCAGCGAGUACAACCGGUGGGAGGAGUGGGCGGACGGACACUGCCGGUUAGUGUACCCGGCUUCCAGCGAGGAGGCAAAGCGCCACGCGUCUGGCUGGGCGAUGCGCAACACAAACAACCACAACGUUCACAUUCUCAAGAAGUCAUGUCUGGGGGUGCUGGUGUGCUCCAUGCGCUGCGCCCUACCCAACGGUGAGAAGGUGCACUUGCGACCGGCCAUCUGUGACAAGGCGCGCAAGAAGCAGCAAGGCAAGCCGUGCCCCAACCGACAGUGCUCGGGACGUCUGGAGAUCCUCGCCUGUCGAGGCCACUGCGGCUACCCCGUUACACACUUCUGGAGGCACACGGAUCACGCUAUUUUCUUCCAGGCGAAGGGAGUACAUGACCACCCUCGGCCAGAAGCCAAAUCCACUUCAGAGGCACGGCGAAGUCUGGGGGCGGGCCGUCGGGUGCGGGGGCUCGCGGUUCUCCUGGCAAGGGAGGCAGCUCUCGGCUCUAAGCUGCUGUCACUGCGAGAAGGAAAACGACCUGGCGAACUUGAUGUGGAUUCAAAUACACGACCUUUACUGUGCCCCCUGGACCCACCCCCACCACUCAUUUCAGAUGCUGAGAAAGGUUUCUCAUGCUCCUGUCCACCAUUUGAGUGCAUCUGCAGCAGGUCCCCAACGACUCAAUCCCAGCUGCAUCAUGCAACACAGUACCAGCACUCUCAUCUGGACACUUCCUGCUGGCUGCAGGAACACCUCCAGAUAAACACUUUCCCUUACCAUCAAGACGACUCCUCCACAGCUACCAACAGCUACUAUGAGGAUGGGAACACAGGCACAAAUGUGGGUCCUCAGCAAUAUGACUUUCUGCCACUAGGAGGUGAGCUGUUCCAGCCUGAGGAGAUAUUUCAGUUGGACCAGCCCCUUAAGUCACAAGACUAUGCUCCCAUCCUGCAUCAGGAUCACAACCAGAACUCUGACAUCACCAGGUCACCUCCAAUGCUGCUCGACCUGGGCAGCGGAAUCAUCCACCGCAGUCCAGUUAAGCCUGAACCAGAGCCAGCAUACUGGAUGCUGCCCCCCUCGAUAAUCACCACAGAUGAGAGCAACAGCAGCUCCAGCAGGUUCCCCACCUGUUCCCCUGACACAAGCACCAACAUAGUCACAAAUCCCAUGGAGGACAUGACCAGGGGCAUAGGUUUCAUGUCACAGUGUGACCCCGUGCUGCCACUCCAGAGUGGGACCCCACAUGAUGAUGCCAUGAAGAUCCAAUGUGCCACUGCAUCCAAAGAGACAUCGGGCCUGCUCCCAUAUGGGAUGGAGAGUGAUAGGCUCAAAAUGCAAGUACCUCCUGAUGAAAGCCAAUCCAGGAUGAUGUACUAUUCAGCAGUGAAUGAGUCCAGGGCAGAGAUGCAUCAAGUUGAGUCAAAUGCAAUCAGUAGUUACCAAUAUCAUGAUUCCUACAAGCUGCACAAUGCACAGAGCUUGAACGAAACAGCUGGCUGUGAUUCCAAGAACGAAUCAAACUAUAGGUUUAACUGUGUAGGAAGUGAGACUGUUCUUGAUACUAGACUCCAUAUUAAAGAGUCCAACUUCAACAUUCAGUGUCACAAUGAAACAGAGACUCCAAUAUCUGAUAUUCACUAUCAGUACCCAGUGGUGGAAAUGUACUGUGGGGAUGCUCCAAUGGGUAUGAACUCUGCCGAGGCAAACAUCAGGAUGCAGGAUCCCUUGGGGGAGUUCAGACUACACUGCAGUGAUGAGGGCUAUCACUCAACCACACAGUUUCCACACUUUCAGCACUGAGCACUCACCAUGUACUGUGUAUUUUAUGUUCCUAUCAGCAAUGUUUGAUUUAACUGAUUGACAAUUAAACACUGCCAUAGUCUGGCCAUAUCUGCUCAUCAUUUUUUCUCCUCUAUUUCCCCAGCAGCUCAGAAGGGUGCUAACAUGAAUAGAAGAGCCAACAUGAUUUAAUCAGUGGAGAAGGGAGCAAAUCAAACAUUUAAUUCUUACAUGGAAGAAAUUUAGUCCUAUGAUUUGCAAACUUCCUUGCCAUUUCAGAGACUUGAGGGGCAAUAGUUAUUUCACAUCCCUAUAGUUUCAAUAAAUAUAAACGCAUUUAGUUCACAACACUUGUAAUUUACACUGGCAUAAAUUCUGCAAACUUUUUCUUUGUCAUUCUUGACAUCGUAAUGCUACAUCAAGUACUGAUGGCUUAUUGUUCUCUGCCAUUUGAAAUUCGAUUAUCCAGAGAAUAUGCAAUUUCAC